AUAUCUUUGGCGUUUGAGCGUUUCUGACGGACGAGAGGGACAUGCUCAAUCGCCUCAUGAGCCAAAAUCAACAUCAGCUCUGCUUCGUCACCAUACUCACCAUCAGCGAGUAUGGCUGGCGAGUAGUGGUGAGUAGGGAGGCCUCCUGAUGGCCAAGCCACACUGCCCGCGUCAAGAGGUGAGAAGAAUGGAAUCAAAAACACAAAAGACAAGACGCACGCCGUCAAAGCUCUCGUGUGCCUGUGUGUUCAGAAGGAUGUAGAUGGGAUGUCAGCCCACGGCGAUGACGCUGAUGCCUCACAGCAGGGCGGGCAGCAGGUGCGCGGAUGAUGCAUUAAUGCAGUCACAUGUAUACAGCUUCUCGGUUUUGUGUGUUGCUUGCUUUGUGCAACAGUCGUCUGCCUCGCUGCCUCUCUGGGUGGUGCCGCCCGAUACGCUCUCGACCAUCCUCCUGCCCCUGCUCGCCACACGAUGCAUCGUCGGCACACUCUCGCUCGUCCGUAAGGCGUUCCACGCCAUCGCCGCAGACCCCUCCAACCACCACACCGUCUUCAUCCACAGCCACAAGCCCAUCCAUCUGACACACACGCAGCUCGGCGUGUGGCCUCCUCGACUCAGUCAGACCAAGCGGGCAGUGCUCAUCUGUCCGGUGACGGAGAGCGUCACGAGUCUCAUCGAGGGCAUGCGGCGCACUCUGGCGUACCUCCAUCUGGACGAGCCGGCGUCACAACUGCACCGAACGCCCAGGCUGCUGUCGAUGCGCCAGGGGGCAUCGCUGGUGGAGUUUCCGGCGCUUGAGGAGAUGCGUGUGGGCGGCGAGUGGGUGCAGGCUGCGCGCCGCAAGAGAUGGGCACUCAGGUGAGCGAACACGCUAAGGAACGACUCACACAGCAUAGCGGUUCUCAUGGUGUGUGUGCGCCAUUUCAGUUCGCUGGUGUCAUUGAGCAUCCGUAACGGCCCUUUGAGUGGUCGACGGGGUGACCUCGGUGUGUCGUCGUGGCUGUCAUUCGCUUCACGCCUCCGGUCGUUUGAGCUCGACGAUGGCGAAGAUGACUCUGGCACGCUGCGGAGCUAUGUGCCUGACCUGACAACCCUGAAGACACUGCGGCUCACGAGCAGACGGCCCUGCUUCGGGCGCGCGGGUGCAAUGCAGCUGGAGGAGAUCGACGUCGCCCUGCUUGGUGGCUGGCGGGUACAGUACACACAAUCAGACGAGGUGCGUACAAUUAACACUCUGCGACAUGCAGCACGUGAUUCCAUCCCUCUGCUGCUCGCUCUCUCUGUGUGUGUGUGUGUUGUUGAUGUGUAGGGCAUUGAUGAGUUCCGCAAGUCGUGUUUGGCCCCCGGUGCCAAGGAGGACUGGAGCAGGAGCGACUUGCGCUUCGACGUCCACGUGCUGUGGCAGCGAGACGAUGAUGCAGCUGCUGACACCACCAAGCUGCUCGCCUCCGUCGCGACUCAAGUGUACUUCGACACAUCCUUGUCUUCUGCCACUGAGACCCACAGUUCCACACUCUCCCGCCUCAUCCCAUCGCUCGUCUUUUCUCGCGCGCGCUACGUGAUGGUCGUAGGCGACCCUGCCCGCCCCCGUGCGCCUGAGAUUGUCUUGUCGCACGUGCCUCGCCUGUUCCCAUGCGUGACACGGGCAGAGGUGAUGAUGGUGAACGAUUUGGGUGAUGCCGUCAUGCAGAGAGUGCUGGGGCACCUGCCGAUGCUCGAGGCAGUGGUGUUGAAUUGGUUAGAGGGCCAUGAGGACAUUGAAAUGUGCAUGUGGGUGGACCAGACAGAGAAGGAAAGGCCAAUCGUCGAGCGCAUUCGCCACAUCACUGCCCGAUUGCGUUUCCACUUCGAGCAAGGCGACAGAGAGAGGUUCAUCGAGGUGACUAGUGUCAUUAGAGACGCGAUUCGCCAAUUGCCUCGUCUCGAGAGGAUCGUUGUCGAUAUCACAGUGGGGGGCGAGGGGUGGGAGGGGCAGGAAGACAUAGUGGCCACAUUGCAACAGGACCUGACGUCGCGUCCUGACACGAACGACUUCACUGAGGUGCCGUUUCAUCUGUUGCUGCGUGAGUCUGGUUUUGAGAUGGUUGAGCUGCCCCGGCUGGCCUUCGACUGUCGUGUGGAGGUGCGUCGGCUCGGCCUGCCCAUCCCAUCACAGAAACGCAUCACUGACUACUUCUCUGCCAGACAGACAGUGAGAUAGACAGGAGGAGGGCGAUGGUAGCUGUACAGGCGGUCGGUGGACUUGGGAACGAUUGGCUCUGCUUGUGUGUGGGGAGGUGCUUGUCGAUGUGGUCGUCUCCCUGCUCUAGGCCUGGCCUGCAUACGAUGGGGGCCUAUUGCUUGGUGACGCACACGUUGCUGGCUGACAACCCAUGCGCAAGACGCCGGCGGAGUGUGUGUGAAUAUGAUAGCCUGACUGAAUGGGAUGUGCGUCAGAGACACAGCUAGCUGUCAAUGCCAUGGGUGCCUGAC